AUGUCCCUCUCCGGCGAUGAGCCCACAUGCCCCAAGUUCCAACCCAAUAUCUUUGACCCCUCCCGCUGCCACGAAUGUCUGCGCCAGAGACACCUGCACACGAGUGCGGGGGAAAGAACCGAGCCAGAGCCUCAACAAAAAACCCCGCCAGAGGAUGGGGAUACGAUUGGGAAGAGCGCAGCACUUGGAAGUGGGAUCGGGUCGAGCAGGGCAGUGCUGCUGACGCCAAUCUCAUCUCAGGAAGAGGAAAGAGACACCAGCAGCAGCAGCAACAAGGAGGACUCUGACAGUCUUUCAGUGGCGAGCAGCUACUGUGAUGUCAACGGAGGUCAGGCGCGUCAUGGGGAGACCUCUCUGUGCAUCUUGAGCCCUGACUGCAAGCUCUAUAUCUGUGAGGACGGCGACAGCACGGACAGCUGCCGUGACCAGAGCGAAGAGUUCAGCAGCUCUGUUAGCACUGACGACGAAUACUUGCCGUUUCAACGUCGCCCCACCAAACUCGGCAUGACCCGGCUGGACCCUCCGCCUCACCGCUCCAACCCUCGUCAGGCCUGGAUGGAGGAAACGCGUGGCAGUCGCAGCUUUUCUACAAGCUCAGGGUUAAAAGAAGACAGAGCGCAGCGGGAAAGUGGCUACUACUCCCUUGGGAGGGCUGCUGGUGUGCGUUUUAGUGAAAAUAGCCAAUCCACUCCUUUCCGCCAUCUUGAAAGAGGUCAUCCUGUCUUUAGUCACAGAUACAUCGAACCAAAAGAUACUAUCCCUUUUAGAAAUCCCAAUCUUGGUGUUGCCUCGGAAAGGCCAAUACCAGAGGUUUUCAAUGAAGAGAUUACGGUGGAAUUUCUUCCGCCGGACCCUUAUGAGGUUGCGGUUGAAGUUGAAGCGCAAGUUGGGCCCCGAUCUCCAAGUCCUACUCCUUUUAAGAUAGCAGAGUCACUGGCCUCCACUGGCCGAAAGGGUGUAGGUCGAGCAAAUCCUCUGAGUAACAACUCUUCCUAUCAACAGUCAGGGCGAUAUGAUUCGUCGCGGCAAGGCUCAGCUCUGCAAUCUCGCUCUUCAUCCCCCUCACGUGAAAACUUGCAGUUAAGGCGCAAUGAGUCCAGCAGCAUUCUCAAGAGGACAAACUUUGAGGGUGAAGGUUGGUUUCAAGGGUCAACAGAAGGAUCAAGAAGCUCCUUGCAAGGUGCCCAGGCUCGACGUUUUGAAUCAGGAACUCUGCCAAGAAACUUCAAAUCAUUUGCUUCUUCUCCCAAGCCCCAGGCCAGAGAGGCCAUGAAGCCUUUGCUCAAGGAAGGGACCACAAUGGUGGCUCAUUGA